AAACGGAUUAUAUGUGUGUGAGCAUUUGAGUAAGAGUCACUCACUCCAAGCAAGCAUUGCCAUUUGACGAUAAGACAAACACAAAAACAAACAAAGAGGAAAUGGGCUGUGGUUCCUCUAAACGUAUCGACGCAACCGCACCCCUCGUUUACCAACCACCACCGACGAGUUUCGCUGUUUUCGAUAUCAACGCCAUCGAAGAGCCGUGGCUAAAACAUCUCAACAACAACAACAACAACAAUAACAACAACAUAUCUCAAGAUAAACCUUCACUCCCUCCUCCUAUUCUUCAAAUUCUCGAUGCCACUGAAAAAUCUCCCCAAUCUUGGGAUGAAGUUAGCAAAACACUCCAACACCUCAAACCAACAGUUCAACCACCACCAACACAAUCACCACCGCCACUACAGUCACCACAACAACAACCUCAACCUCAACCUCCUCGCAAGGUUGCUUCGUUCCACACACUCGAAGAGUUAGAUUCAAAAUUAACCCCAAUCAAAGGGCAAUCACCAGAAUCGACGAACGAAGUUGUUGUUAAUGGCGUUAAAGAAGAAGAGAAUCGAUUGAUGAAAACAAUGAAACCUUCGUUGUCUUCGAAAUUGAAGGACAACAUAUUCAUAGUGAAAGACAGAUUGGAAAAGCAAAAAGAAGAGAGAGAAUCGAAUUUGGAGAGGCUAAGGAGGGACCCACUAAGUAACUACCCAGAAAAAUGUCCACCUGGCGGAAACGACGCCGUAGUGAUAUACACAACGUCGUUAGGAGGAGUUAGAAAAACGUUCGAUGAUUGCAACAGAGCGAGAGAUUUAUUGGAAAACCAGAGAGUAAUAUUCGACGAGCGUGACGUGGCACUUCACGGAGAGUUUUUAAAAGAGGUUAAAGAGUUGUUAUUAACGGAAGAGGAAAUAGAAUUAGGGAAUGGGGUAGUGUUACCGAGGGUAUUUGUGAAGGGGAGGUAUUUGGGUGGGUUGAAGGAGUUGGUUGAGUUGAAUGAAACGGGUAGACUAGGGAGGAUAUUGAAUGCGACACGUGUGGAGAGAGGGGUUGGGAGACAAGGGUGUGGUGGGUGUGGUGGUGUUAGAUUUGUUCCUUGUUUGGAUUGUGGUGGUAGCUGCAAAAUGGUGCUUAAUAAUACUCAUCAAGUGCAGAGGUGCCUCAAGUGUAAUGAGAAUGGCUUAGUCCAUUGCCCUGCUUGUCUUUGACUUUCAAUUUGCUGUAUUCAUGUUACUACUCUUUUCUUCAUCAAUAAAAUCCUACUCUCAACUUUUAUUAUCUAAUCA